AUGUCAGCAACAUCUUCAGCCCUCGGCGCAGUCCUAGGUUACUUAGGUGCCGAAGUCGCGGGCAUAAGCCUAUUCGAACGUCUGCUAUGGCCAGAACGCUUCUACAACGCCGUCGACGCCAUCGCGCUCAUCCGCCUGGCCCUCUUUAUGCCUAUGGGCGGACCCUUGCAUCGCGCAGCCCUGGAAACCUUGGAUAAGUUCCGCGACCGCGGCCUGUACAAGGGUCGCCGGCGGGGUGACAUGCUCGGGACCACUUUCUUUUCCGACAAGGCCAGCGUUCAGUACCUCCACAAGACGGCAGCCACCCCCGAUGACCGAAAACUGCCACGGGCCGUACGGAACGGCUUCUGGAUUGAGGUUUUGAAACAUGUCGACGAGCGUAUCGGUCUGGGGGGGUCCUGGGUUGGCGCCGGCCCGGCGCCGGUACCGGAUGCUGCGCACUUGAAGGAGAGGGGUGAGGGACCAGCAGACACCGUCAGGACUACGAGACGGAUAUAUCGUCUUGAUCUGGUGUUCCAAUCACCUCAAAGAAUCGAAAUGUCUCCACAACUCAAGAUCUUCAACGAAAACUUCGGGUUCAGAACAUUGUUAGGCAUUGUUGUCUCUGAACUAUCUUCAAUUCUGCUUGCAGUCGCUGCAGGAAUUUGGUUGAGCCAGAGCAAAGGUGGAGAGGACGCCCCAGCAAAGUGGUUCAUUGGCUUCCUGUGCAUUCCUCUCUUCCUGAAGCUAUUCGCCGCUACAGCAAGGGUGCGACGGGAGAGCUUGAUACAUAACGAAGCCUCCCCCGAAUCGUCGACCCUCGACGUAACGGCGCCAUCUUCACCAGCAGGCGAAGCUCUAAUCACCAAGAACGACCUAACCCCCGCCUCCCCAACCCGUCACCAGGAAAUCGAAAUAUUCGAGGUCGAGGUGCCCUCCAUCGGCUUCCUUCUCAUCUCAACCCCCUCCCCAGCCUCUCCAGCAAGCUUCCAGUUCUUCCGCCACUACGGCCACCCGAUCCGCGACAGCACCCUCGACCGCGCUAGGGAGGUGGCCAGCAUAGUGACCGUGUACGCCUUUGUCCUCUACUUCCCCGCAGGUUUGCUGCUGCUGUCAUGGAUGAAUCAGCCUAUGCAGUACCUCUGGUUGGGCCAGCAGCUUUGGAGUGUCUUGGUCAUGCAUCUUGUGCGCCUUUUCGGAUGGGAGGGCACCGCGCGAACAGAGGAGGCGGUGGCUGCUGCGCUGGUGAGAGAUUUCAAAAUCGUUCUGGUUGGAGAUAAUGCUUGUGUUGAGGCUACGCUGCGGAUGGAGGAGGUUACGUCUGUGAAGGAGGGGAGGAAGAGGGUGCAAGAAAUCUUGGGAGGGAUUUAG